CUGGCUCGUGAUUGGCCGAAGCCAAGGCGCACCCCUUCUUCGCCCCGUGCGGCGGGGUGAGAGGUCAGGCAGAAAGCAGGUAGGCAGUGGCGACAAUGGCGGGAGUCGGGAUAGGGGCUGUAUCGUUGGUCGCGGCGGGACAGCGUGGUCUGCGGCCACCGCAGCUGCUGGUACGGAACGCGGCGCUGUGGACCCGGAAGACUUUCGAUAAAAUUCUUAUUGCUAAUAGAGGAGAAAUUGCAUGUAGGGUUAUUAAAACUUGCAAGAAGAUGGGCAUUAAGACAGUUGCCAUACACAGUGAUGUUGAUGCUAGUUCUGUUCAUGUGAAAAUGGCGGAUGAGGCUGUCUGUGUUGGCCCAGCUCCCACCAGUAAAAGCUACCUCAACAUGGAUGCCAUCAUGGAAGCCAUUAAGAAAACCAGGGCCCAAGCUGUACAUCCAGGUUAUGGAUUCCUUUCAGAAAACAAAGAAUUUGCUAGGUGUUUGGCAGCAGAAGAUGUCAUUUUCAUUGGACCUGACACACAUGCUAUACAAGCCAUGGGUGACAAGAUUGAAAGCAAAUUGUUAGCUAAGAAAGCAAAGGUCAAUACAAUCCCUGGCUUUGAUGGGGUAGUCAAGGAUGCAGAUGAAGCUGUCAGAAUUGCAAGGGAAAUUGGCUACCCUGUCAUGAUCAAGGCCUCAGCAGGUGGUGGUGGGAAAGGCAUGCGGAUUGCUUGGGAUGAUGAAGAGACCAGGGAAGGCUUUCGAUUUUCAUCUCAGGAAGCUGCUUCUAGUUUUGGUGAUGAUAGACUACUAAUAGAAAAAUUUAUUGAUAACCCUCGUCAUAUAGAAAUCCAGGUUUUAGGUGACAAACAUGGCAAUGCUUUGUGGCUUAAUGAAAGAGAGUGCUCAAUUCAGAGAAGAAAUCAAAAGGUGGUGGAGGAAGCACCAAGUAUUUUUUUAGAUCCUGAGACUCGAAGAGCAAUGGGAGAGCAAGCUGUAGCUCUUGCCAAAUCAGUAAAGUAUUCCUCUGCUGGAACUGUAGAAUUCCUUGUGGACUCAAAGAAGAAUUUUUACUUCUUAGAAAUGAAUACAAGACUCCAGGUUGAGCAUCCUGUCACAGAAUGCAUUACUGGCCUGGACCUAGUCCAAGAAAUGAUCCGCGUUGCUAAGGGUUACCCUCUCAGGCACAAACAAGCUGAUAUUCCCAUCAACGGCUGGGCAGUUGAAUGUCGGGUUUAUGCUGAGGAUCCCUACAAGUCUUUUGGUUUGCCGUCUAUUGGGAGAUUGUCUCAGUACCAAGAACCAGUACAUCUACCUGGUGUCCGGGUUGACAGCGGCAUCCAACCAGGAAGUGAUAUUAGUAUUUAUUACGAUCCAAUGAUUUCAAAACUUAUCUCAUAUGGUUCUGAUAGAACUGAAGCACUGAAGAGAAUGGAAGAUGCACUGGAUAAUUAUAUUAUUCGAGGUGUUACACAUAAUAUUUCUUUACUUCGAGAGGUGAUAAUCCACUCACGCUUUAUAAAAGGAGACAUCAGCACUAAGUUUCUUUCUGAAGUAUAUCCUGAUGGCUUUAAAGGCCACAAGUUAACAGAGAGAGAGAGACACCAAUUAUUGGCAAUAGCAUCAUCGUUGUUUGUUGCAUCACAGCUAAGAGCACAACACUUUGAAGAACAUACAAGAAUACCAGUUAUUAAACCACAAGUGGAUAAUUGGGAACUCUCAAUAAAAUUGGACAAUGAAAUUCAUACAGUCACAGCAUCAAACAGUGGGCCAACGUUCUCUGUGGAAGUUGAUGGGUCGAAACUAAAUGUGACCAGUACGUGGAACUUGGCUUCACCCUUACUGUCUGUCAACGUUGAUGGCACUCAGAGGACUAUUCAGUGUCUUUCUCGAGAAGCAUGUGGAAACAUGAAAAUUCAGUUUCUUGGUACAGUGUAUAAGAUGCAUAUCUUGAGCAAACUCGCGGCAGAACUGAACAAAUUUAUGCUGGAAAAAGUGGCUGAAGACACAAACAGUGUUCUGAGAUCCCCGAUGCCUGGAGUGGUGGUGGCCGUUUCUGUCAAGCCAGGAGACACGGUAGUAGAAGGUCAGGAGAUUUGUGUGAUUGAAGCCAUGAAAAUGCAGAACAGUAUGGCAGCUGGGAAAACUGGCAAGGUGAAAUCCAUGCACUGUAAAACUGGAGACACAGUUGGAGAAGGAGAUCUGCUCGUGGAACUGGAGUGAAGUAUUUAUAGCCCUUCAGUCAUCACCCAAUUUAAUUAGCCAUUUUUAUUAUUUCUUUUUCACACUCAAUUUAUUCAAGCAUUUUACAGGAACACUCCUGCGCUGCAGAUUUUACAUGGUCAUAUUUAUUCCACAUAUAGUCAAAACCAGCAUUCUGCCAAAAAAUCACCAAUGGAAAUUUUUAUUGAUAUAAAUACUUGUACAUAUGACUUGUGCUUCUGCUGUGAGAUUUCCUAAUGUCAAAUUAAAUCAAUAAAACUGAGCAUUUGUCUAAAUA